GUGACAGCAGAAUGGGACCAAAUAACGGAUUAAACGUCGUGGCAAAUCAUAGCAGGUUUCACCGCGGACAGCCAAGUAGGCCCUGGUCUUAGACAACAGUCAAAUAGUGUAUUUUCUUCGUAACACAUUGACACCAUGCAAGGCAUUUAUUUCGGAAUAUGCGCGAUUUUAUUCGCAUUUAGACGCGAGGUAUUCGGAGUUACUCCGGAUCGCAUUCCUGAACUCAAGUUUCCAAAAUAUGACGGCAGGACCAGAGUCCUGAAUCUAAAUUCUGUGAAACUCUUCGACAAAGUUGUCAAGAGACAUGAGAUCGUGGUGGUCCUAUUCACUCUACCAAAAACUGAUGACCCAGUGUCGCAUAAAACGUGGACCAUCAAUGACUACAUGCUCGAGAUGACUGCACAAGUCAUGCAUACCAGAGACAUCGCCAUUGGUUAUGUCGACAUCCUCGCAAAUGCCGAUAUUGCUGCAAAAGAGGGUAUAACGCGAGAUGGUGCGGUGCACGUCUAUCGUGGGGGCCGCAAGUUGAUUUUUUACGGUCAUAGAUCUCCAGAGGUUCUCAUUGCAUUUCUUAUGAAGUUGUUUGGUAAGCCUGUCACAAUCCUUGAAAGCAAGUCACAGAAGAAGAGUUUUGAUAACGCAGAUCCUCCCAAGGUCAUUGGUUACUUCCAGGAGAAAAAUAAGGGUUAUAAAGCUUUUGAAGAAGCAGCCAAGAAUUUCCAGCCAAAUAUUCCUUUCUAUGCAGUUUUUGAUAAAAAGGUUGCCAAGCCGCUGAAGCUGAAGAAUAUUGGUACCAUCCAUUUUUAUAAACCGUAUGAAAGUCAUGUGAAAACAGUUCCAAAUAAUCCUGCCAGUUCCUCAGAAAUCAUCGAUCACAUUGAGGCAAACAGACGUCCAAUCUUACGAAAGUUAUCUCUCGAUGACGUCCACUCUACUUGGACGCAUCAUCCACACGCCCAUCUGAUUAUUGCGUUCGUACGUCCCCACACGGAAGAUGGGAUGGCCUUCUUUACGUUGCUCAAGAAACUCGCCCGUGCCAAUGGUGAGAAUGAAAACAUCAGUAUCGUCUGGAUCGACCCUGGACCAUUCCCAACAAUGCUGGAGUACUGGGAACGAACGUAUGGUAUUGAUGUCCUCCAGUCGUCCAUCGGUCUUGUAAAUAUCACUGAUAACAAAAGCUCCUGGUUCGACGUUGCUCAGUUAGAAUCCUUGCCAGAAGGUGGACGCCUUCGCGUCCUCCAGCAGUGGCUGUCCAAGGUCGAAAACGGUUCAAUAACAGUCGAACCAAAGUACGAAACGCAACAACAUAAAAGUCCAUCUGAACACAAGGUCAACCAAACCAACGUCAGUAAAGUCGCUGAUGAGAACCUCAAGAUGCAAACGAAAGUGGAAUCUGGUGUGCGUGAUGAACUAUAGGUGGUGCUGUGACUUCUGUUAAACUGACUUGGCCAUCGUAUGUGGCAAAUGAUAGUGAUCUAUUCCCUUGUGAUAUCGAUCUGUUCUUAAAGGGAGACUACAGGCUGGAGCCAGAUGGGCCAGAUUGAAUACAAAGUGGCCUACUAGCCUGCCAUCUUACUGUCUGUCAAGUCUAUUCACAUCUGGUGACCAUAGUCCCCUUUAAGUCUGUUGUUUUAAAUAUUCUGCGGCAACCGGUCCUUCCCGUACAGUUUUCCUUUGACACUUUGUAUGCUCCAAACCUUUUUCGAUGUAUUUUUUAGGAGCCUCAGAUUCUCUUUUUUUUCUUCAAAAUUAUGGUCCAAAUCAAAUCUAUUUGGCAGCUGUCUCAAGCCAUAGCAAUUUGAUGGUAAAUUUGGGGUUGGGGAGCGUAGGAAGCUUACAGAUUCGAUGAUGUAAAUUUGCUGUCGUAGACUCUGUAUAGGCCAUCAUUGAAUCUAAUGUGACUAAUACUAUCCUCCUUGAUCAUAGAUUCUAUGAAGGAUGUCAUGUGUAGCACUGAGCUCUUGCCGAGUUUGCACUCAUAAUCCUCUCAUGAUAUUCUUUGAAUUAGAAAAUGACCUGUUAACAUUGUUACCGUUGCUAUGUUUCUAAUAAAGCUGUAAAUAGUUACUAUUUUUGUAUGUUCCAGAGGUUUUGAAUAAAGUUGGUGAUAAUUUGUACAAA